AUGGCGGAAAUGCUCUUGAAGGCACAUAAGUACAUAAACGCAGAAGGUGCCUUAGCCGCAAUAAAGGAUGAGGAAAAGACCGGUGAAAAAGGAAGGAAGGAGGACAACCGUAGAAGACGGAAAAGGGAACGUCAAUAUUGUCAGACAAACGAUAGGGGUAAAAGGAAGGAUGAAAAAGCUCCUCGAAUAGUAAAAUUCACUCAUUUAGUUAUGCCUGUAGAUAAAAUUUUAGCGCAGAUUAAAGACGAGCACUAUCUCAAAUGGCCUAGGCCAUUACAUUCAUCACCCAAUGUGUGUGAUAAGAAGAAGUAUUGUCGUUUCCACAAGGAUCACAAUCAUUACACAGAGGAUUACAGAGAUUUGAAGGAGCAGAUAGAGGAGCUCAUACGAAAAGGGAAACUACAGAGAUUUGUGAAGAAGGGGGAACACAAUAGGUCCAGAGAAAAUGACAAGGAUAAGCGUGAAGCCUCACCAAGGGACGAGGACCAUAUGCCUCAACGUCCGCCAAGCGUGAUCGGGAAGAUAAAGACGAUCAUAGGCGAGCCAUCCAUAGGAGGGUCUUUCAAGUCCCUUAAGAAGUCAUAUCAGAGGCAGGUGAACAGCAUCCUCAAGAUGCCUUCGAUGAAACAAAGACGAACGGGUAGGAACAUGUUUUUCUCUGAAAAAGAUGCCAGAGAGGUGAAGCAGUCUCAUGAUGACCUCUUAGUCAUAAUGUUAACAAUAGAAGGGUUCAACACCCGGAGAAUCCUCAUGGAUAAUGGUAGCUCUGCAGACAUCAUCUACCUCUCUGCUUUUCAACAGCUGAAGCUAGAUCCAGGAAGGCUGUGCCCAUUUGACUCCCCCUUCGUCAACUUCAAUGGAGACAGGGUGUAUUCCAAAGGCAUAAUGACACUGACGGUCAUAGUGGGGACUCACCCGAGGCAGCUAACUCGUCAAUUGGACUUCUUGGUAGUAGACUGUCCCUCAUCAUACAUUGUGAUCACCGGGAGGCCCACACUCAACCAUUGGAAAGCGGCCACGUCCACUUAUUGCUUGAAGGUAAAAUUCCCGACAGAAAACGGUGUGGGCGAGGUAAAAGGUGAUCAGGUACUAGCUAGGGAAUGCUACUAG